AUGGCAUUUGUGGUAGAGUACAGCUAUGUGCAUGUGGUAGAGUACAGUUAUGUGCAUGUGGUAGAGUACAGUUAUGUGCAUGUGAUGGAGCACAGUUAUGUGCAUGUAAUGGAGUACAGUUAUGUGCAUGUGAUAGAGCACAGUUAUGUGCAUGUGAUGGAGUACAGUUAUGUGCAUGUGAUGGAGUACAGUUAUGUGCAUGUGGUACAGUACAGUUAUAUGCAUGUGAUGGAGUACAGUUAUGUGCAUGUGAUGGAGCACAGUUAUGUGCAUGUGGUAGAGUACAGUUAUGUGCAUGUGGUAGAGUACAGUUAUGUGCAUGUGAUGGAGUACAGUUAUAUGCAUGUGAUGGAGUACAGUUAUGUGCAUGUGAUGGAGCACAGUUAUGUGCAAGUGAUGGAGCACAGUUAUGUGCAUGUGGUAGAGUACAGUUAUGUGCAUGUGAUGGAGUACAGUUAUGUGCAUGUGAUGGAGCACAGUUAUGUGCAUGUGGUAGAGUACAGUUAUGUGCAUGUGGUAGAGUACAGUUAUGUGCAUGUGAUGGAGUACAGUUAUGUGCAAGUGAUGGAGUACAGUUAUGUGCAUGUGGUAGAGUACAGUUAUGUGCAUGUGGUAGAGUACAGUUAUGUGCAUGUGGUAGAGUACAGUUAUGUGCAUGUGAUGGAGCACAGUUAUGUGCAUGUGAUGGAGCACAGUUAUGUGCAUGUGAUGGAGCACAGUUAUGUGCAAGUGAUGGAGCACAGUUAUGUGCAUGUGAUGGAGCACAGUUAUGUGCAUGUGAUGGAGUACAGUUAUGUGCAUGUGAUGGAGCACAGUUAUGUGCAUGUGAUGGAGUACAGUUAUGUGCAUGUGAUGGAGUACAGUUAUGUGCAUGUGGUAGAGUACAGUUAUGUGCAUGUGGUAGAGUACAGUUAUGUGCAUGUGAUGGAGCACAGUUAUGUGCAUGUGAUGGAGUACAGUUAUGUGCAUGUGAUAGAGUACAGUUAUGUGCAUGUGAUGGAGUACAGUUAUGUGCAUGUGGUAGAGUACAGUUAUGUGCAUGUGAUGGAGCACAGUUAUGUGCAAGUGAUAGAGUACAGUUAUGUGCAAGUGAUAGAGUACAGUUAUGUGCAUGUGAUGGAGCACAGUUAUGUGCAAGUGAUGGAGUACAGUUAUGUGCAUGUGAUGGAGUACAGUUAUGUGCAUGUGAUGGAGCACAGUUAUGUGCAUGUGAUGGAGCACAGUUAUGUGCAUGUGAUGGAGCACAGUUAUGUGCAUGUGGUGGAGCACAGUAUGUGCAUGUAA